AUGUUUUUUAAUCCUUCUAUUGGGUCUAUUGUGAAUUAUCCACUAGGUCGUUAUACAAACGAAGCGAUGACAGCCAUUGCGAUGGUGCUAAGCAGUUCCGUACUCACGCGAGUGGAUCCUCGUCUGGCUAGAAUGAUCGCGCAUUCCCCGGGUUAUCUGGACAUGGCACAUUUCGGUCUCAGAUCAGCUCCGCCCUCAACCUCAUCCACAAUGAAUACCGGCCCCGGUUCGUCUGGUUAUCAGAGUGGUUCUGCCGGUGCUGCAGGCUCGUCAACCACACGUCUCUCCGGUCUGAUCCAUUCGAAUCUCUCCUAUUCCGGUGGGACGCGAUUGGUCGCCUAUAAUGCACAAUACGAAUUGGCCAAAUCGUAUCCUGCAUUGCUGGUGAUUCCUGCGGUAAGUUUCCCCGGUUAA